UUUUUUCGACCAUUCAAAAGCAAACGUCAAAAUCAGAGCGCACAGGAAGGGCCAAGGCGAUUUUAUUUUGUUACAACACGAAUAUUAAUUAAUUCCAUGUUCAACGCAGGAAAAGUUGAGUUCAAACCUCGAAAAUGAUACCGGGGGUCCCUGCGGCUGAGGCGUGCCGGCGCCUAAAUUCGACGUGCCAGAAAUAAUAAGUACCAAAGACGUGCAGCCUCAUUUCAUGUGAUCUUGUUUUCAAUAAAUAUUCCGUUCUGGUAUCAUGUUGAAGUUCAAAAAGAUGGGAUCCGACAAAGUACCAUUGCUGCUCGUGACCGCCAACGUGGGAUCGAUAUUCGAGGACCCUUCUGUGAUGCUGCCAAUAUGGACCUCAGAGUUUCUUCAAGCCGUUUCACGAAUGGACCCAAAGUUCAUAGCAUUGCAUUUACAAGAAGUUGGGGGCAAGGCGUAUGAGAAAUCAAUGCAAUAUGUCAAAGACUUCGUACAGAGACUCUGUGACUGCCCUGAGUUGAGGCUCUUUGACAAAAUCAGAAUAUUUCUGGACGAAGACUUCAGCUCUCCUGAAAAGUUCACGGCUCUAGGCAACAUGUACUUCGCUCACUCGUCUCUCUCCGAGCUCAAGAUCUGGGACUUCGAGCUGAACCACUACGUGGAUGUGGUCGGUCGCGAGGUGAACAGCGGCAACAUCGAGCAGGUCACUACGAAGGAGAAGGCCAAGUUCCCACAGAACUUCUUUCCUGAGUGCAAAUGGUCUCGCAAAGGCUUCCUGCGCACGCGGUGGCUAAUCCGCGGCACAGCCGUCGAGUUCGUCAACAUACACCUGUUCCACGACGCCUCCAACCUGCUGGCCGUGGAGCCUUACCCCUCGGUGUACUGCCGCUCCCGCCGCCGCGCGCUGCGCCACACGCUCAAGCACCUGCAUUCGGAUGUGAACGCGGCCCCCUACUUCAUAUUCGGGGACUUCAACUUUCGCACCGACACUGGGGGGGUGGUUAAGAAACUCACAGAAGAACUGACAGCGUGCCGCCUGCAGAACGGUGCAAAUGUGGACUCUAGCAAGUUGCAAUACAAGUCAAAGUCGGACGAUCGGCUCGUUCUGACCAUUGGCAAGAAGGAGUUCAACCAUCAGCAGCAUCAGAAACUGUUCAGAGAGCCCUGGCUCCAACGCUUCGACCGCGAGCUGGAGGCACUGAAGCCGCAUCUCUACGAGUAUCCGGUGAAGUUCGCGCCCACCUACCCCUUCGAGGAGGAUGUUCAGCUGCCCACGCACUUUAUGAAGACACGGUGCCCAGCUUGGUGUGACAGGAUCCUUCUGUCGCAGACGGCCAGACUCCUCAUCCAGCAGCAGGAACCUUGUCGCCCCAACGAGAGCCGACACUUUCACACUUCCAGGAAGUCAGUGGCUGACUCGACUGACAGCAGCGGCCGAGCGUCUUCAUCUGACAGCAGCCCGGCGCGCUCGCAGUCGCCCGCACGGCAGAACCAGGGCAGCCCAGCUAAGACCCUAGAGAAGAAAAGCAGUGUGGCGGAGAUAGACGCUCUUUCAGUCCCGGGCAUCAACGUCAGCCGCAAGAGUAUAGCCGAUCCUACCAGCAUACAGCACGCUAUGAACUCUAGAUCAGAGCAAGAAGGCGCGUCAGUCCGUCGCAAGCUGGUCCGCAACCAAUCAGAGGGCUCGCCCAAGCCGGAGCCGUCAGAGCUGCGCCGAUUGGUCGAGGCGCCUCGCCGGCGGGCAGAUUACGGCGUGAUUGGAGAGGGGACUUGCAUGGGUGACCAUAAACCGGUCUACCUCCGAGUGAUGUUGCAGAGCGACCGAGGUACGGUCCACUGUUGCACCUCCAAGCUGCUCUGUCCCUUUUGCUCCAAAGCUCUCCCAUCUAGCCUUCCCCUUCUACCCAACCGCCUCACUCGCCUCCCGACCGACCCAGACAUAUACGCCAACAAAAAGUUCCAUAGCCAACACAUAGACCACCUCUGUGCUAAAAACUUUGACACUGGCCACUCGGAAAAACUUUUAGAAAACAAAAUAAAAAGAUCGCGAACCGGCUCGCUAAACGAAAUGCGAAUACCGUUUGUCGAAAUUACUACCGCUGGCUGUAGUGAUCAUGAUAUUUUCGUUAACGAUAUAGACACUAGUUUGUUGACAGGUAAGCCGUGUCUAGACCCGUACACGCCUGAAAGUGUUGAUUCCCACACGCCGAAUGUCGAAGCCGGGUCGACGGGCUCAGAUGAUUUAGCAGCCGAAAUAGCAGAUAUAGUCGGUGAAAGUAUACUCGAAACUAAACCUAUGUUGAAGUUGACGAGAGAUAGGAGCGUUUCACCGACACAGCUCAAAAGUAGGUUAGACAUGUUGCUUGAUGAGAGUAAAAAGACCAAAGAGGUUCCCGAGUUAGAGAGGCUCAACAGUAGGGAGAGUUGUAAGUCGGGUAAUAGUAAAAAAGGGGGGUUAUGUUGUUUGGCGUUGAAGUGCGUAGGGUUCUGUCGGAGGCGGGCGAGUAAGGUUGACUGUACUAGUUGUCGUAGGCUUGAGUGAUGCACAGCUGUUUAG